AUGGACCAGGUCAACGAACCCAACGCCGCGGCGAUUCAUGAUGCGCGCAGACGUCGUGGCUCCGUCGGCACCACUCAACUCUUUGAUAACAUCGUUUCCACAUCCAACUUCAACAGAGAUGAAGUGGACCGUCUACGCAAGCGCUUCAUGAAGCUAGACAAGGAUGCCUCCGGUACUAUCGACCGCGACGAGUUCCUUUCCCUCCCCCAAGUGUCGUCCAACCCGCUCGCCACAAGAAUGAUUGCGAUCUUUGACGAAGACGGUGGUGGCGAUGUCGAUUUCCAGGAAUUCGUGACAGGCCUGUCAGCAUUCAGCUCCAAGGGAAACAAGGACGAGAAACUACGAUUUGCAUUCAAGGUUUACGACAUUGAUCGCGACGGUUAUAUCUCCAACGGCGAGCUGUUCAUUGUGUUGAAGAUGAUGGUCGGCAACAACCUCAAGGAUGUGCAGCUGCAGCAGAUUGUUGAUAAGACGAUCAUGGAGGCCGAUAAGGAUCAGGAUGGAAAGAUCAGCUUCGAGGAGUUCAAGGACAUGGUUGAAAAUACCGAUGUGAGCCUCAGUAUGACGCUGAACCAAAUAUGA